GUGCGCAGGGCCGGGCGGGGCGCGCGGGCCGCAUGGCGGCCGCCCAGCAGGCGCGGGCCUGAGCGCCGGGCCCAUGGGGAAGUACUGCGCCAGCCUGAGCGUCCUCAAGGGGCCCUGGGACCAGGUGUUCGCCGCCUUCUGGCAGCGCUACCCCAACCCCUACAGCAAACAUGUCCUGACCGAAGACAUCGUGCACCGGGAGGUGACACCGGACCACAAGCUGCUGUCGCGGCGGCUCCUGACCAAGACCAACCGGAUGCCGCGCUGGGCAGAGCGCUUCUUCCCAGCUAACGUCGCCCACUCUGUCUACAUCCUGGAGGACUCUAUCGUGGACCCCAAGAACCGGACCAUGACCACGUUCACCUGGAACAUCAACCACGCCCGUCUCAUGGUGGUGGAGGAGCGGUGCGUUUACCGGGUGAACCCGGAGAACAGCAACUGGACCGAGGUCAAGCGAGAGGCCUGGGUGUCCUCCAGCCUGUUUGGUGUCUCGCGGGCCAUCCAGGAGUUUGGUCUGGCCAGGUUCAAAAGCAACGUGACCAAGAGCACUAAGGGAUUUGAAUACGUGCUAGCAAGAAUGCAAGGAGAAGCUCCAUCCAAAACACUGGUGGAGACUGCCAAGGAAGCAACCGAGAAAGCCAAGGAGACAGCUCUGGCUGCUACAGAGAAAGCCAAGGACCUGGCAAGCAAGGCAGCCACCAAGAAGAAGCAGUACGUGUGAGGGGCCAGCUGCACCAGGACAGAUAGAAAUCUCCUUAGAUUUUAUAUUUUUAAAGAAACUGUACAAGUCUGACAAUCAGCUGCUGUUAGACCCUUUCUGAGAUGUAAUUAUCAUUAAAGAAUCUACUCCCACCUCUGA